UGAAGCCUUAUUUAAAGCUCAAUUUCCCAGGAGUAUUCUUCCUGAAUAUUCAGACAACAUCGAUUUCUCAUCCGCGCCCGGCUGUCAAGAUGAUCACACAGGCGGUUUGGAACUUACUCCACUACAGCUGCGCAUUUGCAUCUGCCUUGUUCGUCACCGUCUCGACACUCGCCAAGCACUGCCAAGCCCAUCGAGCACCAGCUCAGCCGCGCCCUCGGCGACACACUCUUCUCAUCUGCCUUCUCGUCAUCUCAUAUCUAGUAGAGGCCAUCUCUAUCGUCACCCAGCCAGAGGUAUUGCUUUGUUACAACCCGCAAAUCGUCCAUUUGCUUCUACUCGCAUUCGUGUGGUCGGCCCUUGGACUGCAGCGAACUGAUGGAUGGAAUACACUUUGGGGAACAGCUCUUGUAACGGCUCUGUUUGAAGUCCCAUUGUUGAUUAUAUCAUCUUCCAACCUACGGGACAAUUUCCGACCAAUCAUCCAAAUCAUCUGCCAAGGUAUUCGAGGUCUUGUUCUACUCUGGCUUUUGGUCAACAGAGCCCAAGCUCAGGUCAAGGGAAGUGAAGCAAUGGCAGAGGAGGCGCGCCCCUUUCUUCGAGGCCAACCAGAGGAAUCUUCCCGAGAACACGUCAAUUACGGCACUCAAUGUUCAACCCGGCGUUCUGGUUCCGACUCCGAAACCAUUACCGACUACGGUGAAGACGACAGUGGCUCGGAGGAUGACGCCGAGAUCAAGCGCCUUCGUGCCGAGAGACUCGAGCAAACGGGUGGCUGGUGGGGAUACCUCAAAGACUUCUCCAUCUUCAUCCCAUACCUAAUUCCUCGCCGGGACCGGAAAGUUCAAGCAUGCAUUGCUGUAAGCAUUUUGUGUUUGGCCGGGAACAGAGCGCUGAAUGUCUUGAUUCCUCGUCAGCUUGGUAUCGUGACCGACAAGCUAUUGGGGAGUGAAGCACCCUACGGAUCUCUCGCAAUAUGGUUGCUCCUGAGUUUGCUGAAUGAUGAGGCUGGACUCGGCUUGAUCCAAGCACUGGUCAAAAUUCCCAUCACGCAAUUUUCUUACCGCCAGAUUUCCAACGCCGCAUUCAGUCACGUCAUGAGCCUGUCGAUGGACUUUCACUCAGAUCGAGACUCUGCUGAGGUGAUGAAGGCUAUCGAGCAGGGUGGAGCCCUCACCAAUAUCCUCGAUACGGCUAUUCUCAUAAUUCUCCCGACCUUUGUUGACCUAAUCAUCGCAUUCGCACUCCUUUAUUGGAAGUUCAACAUCUUCGCCAUGCUCGUCAUGCUAGUUGCCUCGGUCGCUUUUGUUACUCUCGAGGUCUUUACGUCCAAUUGGAAUGUCGACAAUCGGCGUCAAUCUGCAAAGGCACAGCGAGAAGAAGCCCGAGUCAUGCACCAAGCCGUCCAGGGUUGGCAGAGCGUGGCCUAUUUCAACAUGUUUAACUUUGAGAAGCGUCGCUUUGGCAACGCAGUGGACUCGCAACUUGACGCAAGCUGGAUCUGGGGAAAACGAGACUCUUAUAUCCAGGCCCUCCUCGAGGCCAUGGUGCCCAUUACCUUUUUCACCCUCGCCAGUCUUGUUCUUUACGAGAUCUCGCAAGGCCAGGCCACUGCUGGAGAUUUUGUCUUCCUCAUGCAGUACUGGGACUAUCUGAUUUAUCCACUCAAAUACCUUUCUCACAACUAUCGCUAUUUGAUGUCGGAUUUGGUUGACGCGGAACGACUUCUGAACUUGCUACAAGCCAAGCCAACCAUCGUUGACAAGGAAGGGGCCAAAACUUUGGGUCAAAUCCAGGGUCACGUUAGUUAUGAAGAGGUUUUCUUCUCUUACGAUCCAAGGAAACCUUCCAUUCAAGGCCUCAAUAUUUCUGCUCGGCCAGGGGAGACGGUUGCUCUUGUUGGUGCAACUGGCGCUGGCAAGUCGACAAUUUUCAAGCUUCUUCUCCGCUUCUACGACGUUACCUCUGGCAAAAUCACCGUCGACGGUCACAAUAUCCAAGAUGUUACGUUGAGCUCAUUACGAGAUGCUCUCGGUGUUGUCCCU